GAAGUGAAAAACAUAUGCUGGCGCAAAAUUUUGUAUUUGUAAGUCGACUGCAACUUGUGAUAGUUCGACAAGUCAUAGAAGGCUUUGUAAUGCCGUUUUAUGCUGUUAGAACUGGCAGAAAUCCAGGAAUAUAUAAAGACUGGGACUCCUGUAAGUCACAAGUAGACAAGUUUCCACAAGCACGCUACAAAAAAUUCAAUACUCAAAAAGAAGCAGAGGACUUUGUUAAAGGAAGUGGAGGACCAUUACGCAACUCAUAUGCAAACACCUACAAUAAUGGAUCAUCCUCCAAGCCAGCUAACCAAAAACCUACAAGUAAUUAUAAUGCACCAUCCACAUCUCACAAACAAAGUCUCAAGGAACAAGUUACUCAUUUGUCUGCUGUUGUUCAUCAGUUAUCAGAAGAGAUAGAAUCUUAUGAGAAAACUCAUGUACUGUCAAAAAGAUCUCAUACACCUAGUGCAACACAUCCUGGAGGAUCAAGGUCAUACUCAACACAUUCAUCAUCUCAAUAUGGCAGCUUUCCCAAACGAUUCAAACAUGACAACUCAGAUGGAGGUUCCAAUUCUGAUGAAGCUGUAACAGUAUAUACAGAUGGAGGAUGUUUUGGGAAUGGCAGAAAAGGGGCCACUGCUGGCAUUGGUGUCUACUGGGGAGACAACCAUCCUGAUAAUCUGAGUGAAAGGUUAGGAGGGAGACAAACAAAUAACAGAGCAGAAAUACAUGCAACAGCAAGAGCGAUCAGUCAGGCUAAAGCUAGAGGAAUUACAAACCUAGUCCUAAAGACAGAUAGUCAGUUCUGUAUAAAUGGGAUAACAAAUUGGAUACAUAAGUGGAAAAGGAAUGGUUGGAAACUGAGUACAGGUCAGCCUGUUAUUAAUAAAGCAGAUUUUGAAGAACUGGAGUCCUCACUACAAGGGAUUAAUGUGAAAUGGGUACAUGUAAGAGGACACAGAGGAGUACCUGGAAAUGAGGCUGCAGAUAAACUGGCAAAUGAGGGUGCCCUUAAACCUGAAGUCUGAUGAUAGGCUGUAGUGAUAAAAUAGUCAUUAUCCAAUAUAUCAGUCAUACUUCAAUGACACGUUAAAAACAGGAUUUAAAGGAUUGAACAGUGCCAAAUGUAACAAAUAGAGACUAAAUGUACUCAGUAAUGCUAUAAAGAUUUACUAUUUGUUACAACCUUUUUAUGAACAGGUAGAUUAGCAUUAUUAUGUGCAAAUAAUUUAAUCCAUUAUUUCAGUAUGGUGAUAUAAACUUUGCUGAGCAUUUUGUUUCUUAUGUUGAUAACAAUACAUGUAACUUUUUCAUUAUUGUUACAACAAGUUUGUAAAUUGUGUAAUGUGUAAAUGUGAAUAUGGUUGUUUGAACUUAUUAGAAUUUAUGAUUAUUUCUUGAAAGUUUUUCUUCUGAUGCUUAAAAAAAAUGUGAUAAGUAAUGGUAGCAUACAAUAUAUUUUGCACUGCUAGCCAUGAAAUUAAAUUACAUAUUCCAAUAGUUAUACAUUGUAAUACCAUUAGUUUUUAAAUAAACAGACAUGGUGACACUUUUGAUAUUUAAAAUCACCCAUUUGCUAUAUUUGAAUAAAGAUGCCUUUUAUAUAAACUAUUUCUUUACAUAAUAAGCAUCAUGCUUUUCUUAACUUUGUAUGAUGGUUUUGUAAAGUUUACACAUUAUUGUUUUUGUUGAAUUGUAUCCUUGUCAAUGCCUUGAUCCUUUGUGCCAAAUUCCAGUUUUUUGGAAAAUGACGCUAUCAGCGGCAUGUUUCCGAUACCAUUGACCAGAACUAACGGAAGUUGAUUAUGCCUCCGCCUACCGCACUCGGUUUCAUAUUUACUAUUUUACAUACUAACUGAAAUCUGCUUGUAUUACGCUACACUCGAACAAAGUGUUGUAGUCGGACGGGAACCAGUUUACAUACUUUAUAUUUUAUUUACCAAAAAGAUAUCUUGACCUGUCCAUAUGUUUUUUGUUAUUAAAUGGUAUUUGGAGCUAUCCCUUUGUUAUAUUUUUCAUAUUUAUUCGAGCUUUCACUUUUAUGCACAUGUCUUACAAUCGUAAACAAUCGGUAUGUAUACAUGAUAAAUAGAUCCGUUUUGUUAUGGUGUUGGACUUUUUACCCUCCAAUGAUCAGCAAUCGCUAGACAAAAUAGUUCUCCUAAAUAAUGUCAGCCUUUCAUGCCAUUUCAACUUUACAAUCAUUAAAAAAGUAAUAAUCGGAAUCUUUUUGAUAUCCAUUGGAUAGAAACUGGUCUUUAUCCAGAUUUACGAAGAUUUUAAUAAUCGGAAAUUAGUAAUACGGUUAUACCCACGCGGUGCGUAUGAAUCUUUGUUUACAAAGUUAUAGCAGCAGAGUCUGUAACUGUAUCAUUGUUAAUUAACUACACUGUUAUUGUACUUAAUAUGAUGAAAACUGCAUAUGCAAUAUAAGAUGUCAACUCGGCCAAUACAGAUUUUUUUUCCGUAUUGGCCGAGUUCUGGUCCGGCCAAAACAGGAUUUCGGGACGUCUCUAGUUUUUAGAUCGUAAGUCACGAUAAACUCAAACUGAAAGUAAACAGUUGUUUGUACGACGCAGUUUUUAUUUACUCACAAUAAACAAGCUGAAACGUUCAGUAUGGCAUAUAUUUUAGGUUAAAGACGGUCCCAUUCAUUUGAAAAGCAUUUUGAAAGUACGAUGGAAUUAUUUCAGGUUUGGGGAACGAGUAAAUUAUCACAAAGUUCAUUUCUUGACGACCUCAUAAUUUCAUCAUGUCGAUGGUACAAAUCGAUUUUUACUGUUUACUUUCGCUUCUCAUGUUUUGUAAACGGUCUUUUAUUUUUAAACCCGAACCAGGCAUAUGCAUUCUGUAAUUGCGCAAAUCUUCGUUCUUUGGUCAAUUGGCUUAUGGACAAAAUGAUGGAUAGUUGUAUCAAUUUCAACUCUUACAUUAUUUUUUUUUUUAAAUAUAUUUGCAUUACACAUGCAAUGGCAGUACCUUUCCAAUUACUAUUUAUGUGUUGUGUCUAAAUUAAAGUUGUAACACUUUAUAGUAACUGGAAAGGGUAGAAAAAUUCAUCAGAUGAGAAAAGGCUGAAGAUACAUGGAAACGGCACCAAAUCAUUAGAUAUUGCAUCUUAUAAAAAGAAACUGAGAUUUGGAUAGUUCCACUUCAAGGUAAAAAUGUUUAUCUCUUGUGAAAUGAAAUAAAAAAAUAUUGUAACACUGUAGUUAAUUAAUAAAGAUACUAUUACAUGUAUUUCUGUAUUGGCCUUAUUGUUGGUCCUCGGCCAUCAGUUUUGGCCUUCGGCUUCGCCUCAGACCAAUACACCAAGACAUGGACCAAUAACAAGGACAAUACAGAAAUACUUACGCAAUAAUAUUAUAGAAUGACAGUAUGGUUCAAUAGCGGGAAUCAGCCCCUCAACUACUUUUUACAUAAAUAUUAACUUCUGGCUUCAACUCCUUGUUCGUCUUGUCUGGAGAUCUUCUUGUAGUUCCAUUUAGGCAAGCAUUUUAGAGACGUAUCCCGUCCAUCCUCUCAUGACUUGUAAUUUCUGGUGAUAGAUUUUGCCGCUUGACGUUGUAUCCUUUCAAGCUUGUUUUUUUUUUGUUACCGUGUAGGGGUCCCAUACUAUGGCUCCAUAUUAAAUUGUAAGAUCCAUUCCUAAAGGUCUAGAUCAUUGUUCUAAUCUGACACAAAUUUCAAUAACUGGAAUGCUACCCAAGUUGAAUAUAUGGUGACCUACUAGAACAGCAUUAUCACUAUUGAAAUUGUGUUUAAUACCAUGAUUGUUCAAUGUCAUUAACUUAAAUGGAGACAGACAUUUGACCUGAAAGGUGGUGUGGGAGUGCAAAAUCAAAAACUAACUGACUAUGAUAUAUGGUUAAAGAAUGAAUAUCAAUUACAUGGGUCAACGUGGUCAAGGGCAGAGUUGUUAUGAAAUAACAAUAUGGCAGAGAAGUGGUUUCAAGUUUCAUAUAAAACGACCUGACAGACAUGAAAUAAAAAAUCAAAGGAGUAUCCCUAUUUGUCUAAUCUUCAAGGUGAAAUAAAACUAGUAAAACAAUAUUAUACUAUUGUCUAAAUCUACAGAAAUAUAAUUUGCUUCAAGUAACAGAAAUAACUAGGUCACUAGUAACUUAUUAUACCCCACGCAACGAGUUGCGGAGGGUAUAAUGUUUUUGACCCGUCAGUCCUGUUUCUUGUCAUCGCAACUCCUCUCAAACCACACAACAGAAUUUCACGAAACCUUUUAAGAUAAUAAGGACAUACUAUGUAGUUGUGCAUAUCGACGGGAAAUUACGAUUCAAUUUUUUUUCUAGGAGUUACGCCCCUUUGAACUUAUUUACUUUAAUGUACUACUGCAACAGUUUGUCAUCGCAACUCCUCUCAAACCACACAACAGAAUUUCAUGAAACCUUUUCAGAUAAUAAGGACAUACUACGUAGAUGUGCAUAUCGACAGGAAAUUACGAUUCAAUUUUUUUUCCAGGGAGUUACGCACCUUUGAACUUAUUUGCCCAAUAUACUACUGCAACUUUUUGUCAUCGCAACUCCUCUCAAACCACACAACAGAAUUUCAUAAAACUUUUUCAGAUAAUAAGGACAUACUACGUAGAUGUGCAUAUCGACAGGAAAUUACGAUUCAAUUUUUUAUCCAGGAGUUACGCCCCUUUGAACUUAUUUGCCCAAUAUACUACUGCAACCUUUUGUCAUCGCAACUCCUCUCAAACCACACAACAGAAUUUCAUGAAACUGUGUAGAUAAUAAGGACGUACUAUGUAGAUGUGCAUAUUGACAGGAAAUUAUGAUUCAAUUUUUUUUUCUUACACUUAUUUUAUUUCUCCAAUGACAAUGUGGGGACGUGGGUAAUGUGAGCGCGCUCACUAAGGUUCUUUCAUUUAAUGAGUAUGUGGGGUAUAAGAGCUUGAUAACAACAGGCUCUUAAUUCAUAAUCAUUUGGUUUGAAAAGGAUACUAGUAGUCUAUAUUCUUGAUUUAGAAAAAUGUAAUUGCAAGACAAAAAUCACAUUACUUAGAAUACUUUAGAUCAUUCAGGUAGUCUUGACCUAUUUAUUUAUAGAAAAAAAAACAGCCAGUAGUCAUUGGAUACUGUAGAUCAUUCAGGUAGUCUUGACCUAUACAUUUGUACUAAAAAAACAGCCAGUUGUCAUCUUCACAUAACACACACAUAUACGAAUAUCAAUUAUAUGCUUAUGAGACAUGUUGGAAUGUUAAACUAAUUACGGUAUGUGAAAAUCAAGACUUGCAUAAAAAAUAUCACAAUAUUAGAGACAGUGGCGUCAUUUUUCCUCAGAGCUUUCAGCUCUUUGAUUUUAGUUUGGAACUUUGUUGAAAAAUUUAUGAAUUCUUUGGGAAAAGGACAUUUUUAUGUCUGUUUUUUUAAUGAUAGUUAAUUGUCUUUUCCACAAUUUUUUAUUGAACUUUUGCAUAUUUAAAUUAAACACAACAUAAUUCUCUUUGAAGUGUCAUUCCAGGAUAAAGUCCAGGAUAAAGUGUAUGUUCAAAAGGAGUCUUAACAGCUUUUGAAUAAAGGAAUUUUAUAGAUGUUUUAUAUUAAUACAGCUUUAUAAAACGUUUUUAUUUUCAAUUUCUAUGCUCCGUAAGUUGCCAUUUUGUCUGAACGUCUAAAACAAACGUUUUUCAUUCGAUAACUUAAGUUCACUUUGAAGUGGGCCUAAGUACUAUACAUGUAUUACUAAAUGAAGGUCACAUUUAGUUUUCACUGUUCUUGUGAUUACCUUUCCAAGUUUAGGCCCCAUGAUUGUCUCAAAAAGGUAAAUAUGGUUUCUUAUUGAUAAUUUAAGUUGACUUUGGUGUAAGUCCUGAUAACAUCACAACACAAAGUCCUGAUAACAUCACAACACAAAGUCCUGAUAACAUCACAACACAACUACUGAUCAGGAAAACAUUUCAGGUUCUUAUUUCACUAUUGCUUCAAAUACUUUUCAUGAGUUAUGCCUUUUGCUUUUUAUGCCCCACCUAGGGGCAUUAUGUUUUUCGGUCUGUGCGUCCAUUUGUUCGUCCGUCCGUCUGUCCCGCUUCAGGUUAAAGUUUUUGGUCAAGGUAGUUUUUGAUGAAGUUGAAGUCCAAUCAACUUGAAACUUAGUACACAUGUUUCCUAUGAAAUGAUCUUUCUAAUUUUAAUGCUAAAUUAGAGUUUUUACCCCAAUUUCACAGUCCACUGAACAUAGAAAAUAAUAGUGCCUGCUUCAGGUUAAAGUUUUGGUCAAGGUAGUUUUUGAUGAAGUUGAAGUCCAAUCAACUUGAAACUUAGUACACAUGUUCUCUAUGAUAUGAUCAUUCUAAUUUUAAUGCUAAAUUAGAGUUUUUACCUCAAUUUCACGGUCCACUGAACAUAGAAAAUGAUAGUGUGAUUGGGGCAUCCUUGUACUGUGGGCACACCUGUAAGAUUUACAUAUAUGUUUGAAAUGUUGGUUGUAACUGAUUUUUAUUUCAGAUGAUUUGUUUCAAAUAAAAUUGGUAUAUUUUGCUGA